AUGUCCGACGUCCCACCAACCGAGUCCAAUCUCAAUCCAGAAGAACCGAAAGCACCAGCCCCUGCACCUCAGUUCCAGCAAUUCCAAUCUCAAUCCAAAUUACUACCAAUUUCCACCUCAAGGUUACUACCUACCACAAGGCUUCCCGAACUACCCUCCUCAGCCUAUGCCUUACUUCCCCAACCCUUGGAUGUUCCAGCAAGCUCCACCCCAAUUCAAAUUCCAAUCUCAGUCCAAGAGAGACCAAGACUUCGAAGAAGGUCUGAACCGCUUACGCAAAGAGUAUGCUACAGCUCCAACCCUUGGAUGUUUAUGCAAAAACCUGCCCCACAAUUCCAAUCUCAGUCCAAGAGAGACCAAGACUUCGAAGAAGGUCUGAACCGCUUACGCAAAGAGUAUGCUACAGCUCCAAUUGAGAGAAAGUUGUUGCUAAAUUCAGUAAAAAUAAAGUUUAUGUUAGAAUGUGACAUCUCACCUGUUUUCUCACCUCAUGAAUUUUCAUGA